AUGGGAGAGCCAUUGAACCAAUAUCCCCGCAUACCAAUAUGGUUGGACUGUGAUCCAGCCUUUGAACUCCUUGGGAUCAGCACCACCCACGGCAAUGCACCCCUAGCCAAGACGACAUUAAAUGCUCUAAGCGUCUUACAAGCAAUAGGCCAGCCGCAGAUCCCCGUCAUCCCUGGAGCCUCACGUCCAUUCUGCCGUACUGUCGAAAAUGCAACUGACAUUCAUGGCGAAAGCGGUCUGGAAGGCACCGACCUUCUUCCCCUCCCAGAGAGGAAGCCAUUAACCCACUGCAAUGCCAUCAAGGAGAUGCACGACGCUCUGAUAGCAACCCCGGCCAACACCGCCUGGGUCGUCGCCACUGGGCCUUGCACCAAUACCGCCCUCCUCUUCGCCACAUACCCGAGUCUGGCCUCCCAUAUUAAAGGCGUAAGUAUCAUGGGCGGCGCUAUUGGCUCAGGGCACAGCCAUGUAUCCAUGGGCCCAGAUUACACCGACUCAAAAGGCCAGUCGCACGUGCGCUGCGGCAACAUCACGCCCUUCGCAGAGUUCAACAUCUGGGCAGACCCGGAGUCAGCCAGGAGCGUGCUCACCAAUCCAAUUUUACGCCCAAAGACGGUUCUGAUACCAUUGGACCUAACCCAUCAAGCAUACGCGACGCCCAAAGUGCAAGAAACGCUUUUGACUGGCGUGCAAGGACGAACAAAACUAAGAACCAUGUUCAACGAACUACUCAUGUUCUUCGCUCAGACGUAUUCCGAGGUCUUCGGCUUGACUGAGGGACCACCGCUACAUGAUCCACUCGCGGUGGUCGUGUUAUUAGCUGACCAUCCAGAUUUCAAUGUCCAGAUACGAUUCGAUGACAAUGGAGGUGAGCGAUGGAAAGUCGACGUUGUUCUGGAGGGAGAGCAGAUUGGCCGGACGGUGGCUGUGCUGGCAGAGGAUGGGAAAGGAGUCUUGAUUCCCCGGUCACUGGACUUGGACCGGUUCUGGGAGGUAUUGGAGUCAUGCAUGGCCAAGGCCGAUGAGGCCACAAACUAUGUCAAAUAG